AGAACUGUGCAAAAAACGCAUCUUUGCACUGGCAGUCGGUGCGCUGGCCAUUUAUUUGGAAAUAACAUUCAUCUUUUUCAGCGUUUCAUGAAAUGUUGUUCACCACAUGCUCUCUGUGCCAUUUUUCGUCGUCUUGUUACCGAUUAUCGUAACUGCCGGAGCGGUUUUCCAGACUUAACAAUUUGGAAUGAUGAAACGAACCAACUUGCAGUUGUUGAAGUAAAAGGACCCGGUGACAAACUCUCAGCAAAGCAGCGUUUGUGGCUUAAUUUCUUUGAAAGUUUAAAUAUAACUGCGCAUGUUUGUUUUGUAGCCGGUAAGUGGUUGUUUAUGGAGACAUAUUUCUCACGAUAA